AUCCAAUUCGAUCCAACAUUCACGCCAACAUCGUUUACAAAUGACAUGUGCUUCCCGAGAGCGUGCAAGUUUCUAGUCUAGGUGUACAAACACAUGUGCAUAAAAUCUUCCUUAAGUCGGUCUUUGGAACAGCUACAGCUACACCGUCAAUAUGUUGACCUCAAAGACUUUCGUGAAAAAGACGAAGAAGGGGGGCAUUUUGAAAAUAGUGAGAGAGCACUACCUUCGAGACGACAUUUGGUGCAGUUCGCAACGUUGUACAAAAUGUAAACACGAGGCUCCGUUGCUGAAAGCGGAGCCCCGAAGUUCCAGUGAUCUCUGCACAUCGCCACAUUACAUCAUCAUUGACACUAACGUUGUCUUACAUCAGUUGGAUGUCUUGAAAGACGAAGCGUUUUGCGACGUGAUUGUGCCGCAGACAGUUCUGCAAGAAGUCCGGCACCGACACGGACCUCGGUACAAGAUUCUGAGAGAAAUCAUCUCGAAUAAAGACCGACGUUUCUACGCUUUCGUCAACGAACAUCACAAGGACACAUACGUAGAACGAGCUAAAGGUGAGACAGCCAACGACAGAAACGACCGUGCCAUCCGCCAGGUUGCGGCCUGGUACUCCGAGCACUUGAGCCCAACUGUUACUGUGGUGCUCCUGACAGAAGACGAAGACAAUCGCACACGAGCUCUAGCAGAAGGCGUUCGAGCCUUCACAUUUUCAGAAUAUGUCAACAGCCUGAAGGACCACCCGUUACUUGCGGACAAACUUGCGCUUCCCGGUGGCAAGCUCGUAGGGGGCGACAGACCUUCCAGCGGACCGUUGUAUCCGGAAUACCUUCCUGCAGCAGCCUUGCAAGCCGGCCUCAGAGAUGGCAGGUUCUUGCAGGGCAAGUUUCAGGCAAGCCGCGACAACUACCUCGAGGGGAACGUUGUGGUGGGAGAUGCAGACGACGAUGCGGGAGCACGUUCUAUUCUAAUCCAAGGAAGGACUAAUCUGAAUCGUGUGGUGCAUGAAGACACUGUGGUUGUGGAGCCGUUUCCUGAAGAUCUUUGGUCUGUGCCUUCCAAUGUCAUUCUCCUGGACGAUAAGAAAAAUGUGGAGGAAGAUGAGGAUGUAGAUGAGCAAGAUGUCAAGGGUAAAAAGUCAGUCGGCCACCGUGUGCCGACGGGACGAGUGGUCGGAAUUUUGCGCCGCAAAUGGCGCCCAUAUUGCGGUGUCCUGGAGCCUUCCCCGCUCAAAGGGGCAAUCCGUCACACAUUCGUUCCGUCUGAGCGGAGGAUACCCAAGAUUCGCAUCGAAACACGCCAGGCACAUCUCCUACUUGGCCGUCGCAUUGUGGUGUCCAUUGACUCCUGGCCGCGAGACUCUCGCUACCCUCAGGGCCACUAUGUGUGCGUCUUGGGGGACAUUGGAGACCGUUCCACCGAGAACAAGGUUUUGCUUUUGGAGCACGACAUCCCCCACGGAGAGUUUCCCCAGUCCGUGCUUGCCUGCCUGCCCAAAAUGCCUUGGGGCAUUACGACCGAACACGAGGCCACGCGGAAGGACUUGCGGUCACUGUGUGUCUGCAGUGUAGACCCUCCGGGUUGUACGGACAUCGACGACGCACUUCACUGUCGGACGCUACCCAACGGAAAUUUAGAGGUGGGAGUUCACAUUGCAGACGUCUCCCAUUUUGUGCGUCCUGGCACGGCAUUGGACCAGGAGGCGGCCAAUAGAGGAACGACGGUCUACCUGGUGGACCAGCGUAUCGACAUGGUUCCAGACCUGCUGAGCUCAAAUCUUUGCUCGCUGAGGGGAGGGGAAGAGAGGUUAGCAUUUUCCGUAUUGUGGGAAAUGACUGCGCAGGCUGAGGUUGUGAGCACACAAUUCCACAAGACCAUCAUACGCUCUCGGGCUGCACUCACGUAUGCUGAGGCCCAGGCCAGGAUAGACGACGUUUCGGCCAAGGACGAGCUGUCGGAGAGCCUUCGCAACCUCAACCGGCUUGCGAAACAGCUCAAGCAUCGAAGAAUGGCCAAUGGAGCACUGACGCUAGCUUCUUCAGAAGUAAGAUUCCACGUGGACACGGAGACACACGACCCUAUUGAUGUGAAGAGCAAGGAACUAUUAGAAACCAAUUCAAUGGUAGAGGAGUGGAUGUUGCUCGCCAACGGGGCGGUGGCGCAACACAUCUACAAGGAAUUCCCGGAUUGCGGCUUGCUCCGUCGACACCCGGUGCCUCCCCUGUCCAACUUUGAGCCCCUCGUACAAGCCGCACAAUCCAAGGGCUUCGACCUGAAGGUGGCGACGGGUCGCGAAUUGGCCAUCUCUUUGGACAACGCGGUCUUGGACGACCAGCCAUUCUUCAACGUGAUGCUGCGUAUGGUGGCCACCCGUUGCAUGCCCCAGGCUCUCUACUUCUGUACCGGAUGUGUGGCCAAAGAAGAUUUUAUCCAUUACGGCCUUGCCCUGGGAUUCUACACCCACUUCACAUCUCCCAUCCGUCGUUACUCCGACCUUAUAGUGCACCGUCUGCUCGCCGCCGCAAUUGGCGCAGACACGACAUCGCCUGAACUCUUGGACAAGCAGAAGUGCCAGGCACUUUGCAACAACCUCAACUUCAGGCAUCGCAUGGCACAGUAUGCUGGUCGGGCAUCUGUCGGACUCUAUACUCAGGUCUUCUUCAAGGACAGGUCUAACAACGAGGACGGUUACGUAUUGUUUGUGCGUGAGAAUGCCCUCCAGGUGCUUUUGCCCAAGUACGGGUUGGAAUCCACCCUCUUCCUGACCUCUAAGUCUCCAGCUGAGAACAACGUCACGUGGACCUACGACGCACAGAAAGGAACCCAGGCAUGCGGAGGAGUUGUCCUGGCACAGUUUGACCGCAUCACCGUGCAAGUCUCUGUUGACAGCAGCAACGUGCAGCAUCAGAGGAUUGUGCUCAAGUUGGUGCAUCCUCAGGUCCCGGGGUUUAGCGUCCCGGCCCAGGCAAGCUCGGAGGAACAUCGUCCAGCCAAAAAGCUUAAGACGUGAUAUCCUUAUACGGGGUUUUGGAUUUUAGUGAACUCAGCCGAUAUGAUGGUUCAAAUUAUCUAAAUAAAAUUUCUGACGAAAUAUC